GAUGAAUGAAGCCCAGCAUGGGCAGCUUUCCUGACAAUGCUGUAGUCGAAGCGACAGGGACACCUCCACCAGAACGGCCAAAGAACCAGGAAUCUGCUUUGAGACCUUUAAGAAGGCUAACGCAAAACAGCACAAGGGUGCAGAUGAAGCAUCAGGGCAGUCGAAACCUCAUAGACGUCAAACCCAAGGAUAAAACAAAAACCAACCACGCAAAUAUCCCUCCAGUUCCUCAGAGGCCACCACCACACCGAGCCCUGAGAAAACUGUGAGCGAAAACAUCCACAUUCACAAACCCGGAGCACGCGCUCUAAGGGUUGUGAAUAAAAAACUCAGGACUGACCAACCAUUCUCCCAACACCAUAAGCUCAUCACACCUCCCCCAUAUUCUAGUAUUUGGGAAAAGUAUGAUGCUGCAUUCAGAAAAUGAUGAAGAUUUGGGGGAAAUAUGACGCUUUGUUCAGAAUACUGGUGGCUGCUCUAUCCUCGGGGGCCUAAAAGAAAGGAGGGCUGGAAACGACAUCAAAAUGCAAAAGCUCUGGCGAUGGUGACUUUUUGAAAAAUACUUCAAUUUUUCCAAAAGGUGGCUCUGAGCAGCCGUGAGUAGCUGUGGAAAGGGGCCUGGGUAAAAAGGGCACCCUCAAGGGUACACAUCAGCUCAGGUGUUCAGAAAAGGGGGGCCCGCUCUUGGUGGACAAACAAAUGGCUGCCAAAGAGUUCCAGGCCAGGGUCGCUGUAAAAUGUUUGAAAAAGGCUAAAGAGGUAAUGAGGAAAAAGAACCAGAAAGAGAUGCCCCCUACUGGAGGCUCUCAAACUGGCUUGUCUGAAAAUGGGGAGGCAGAACCCGACUCUCAGGCAGAGUCUGAUUUAGAAAAUUCCCCAGAGGGCUCUCUAGAAGGGUCCCCGUCUACUCCUGAUGACCCUCCCGGAGGCUCCUCGGAGUCUGACUCUCAAAUAGCCUCUGACGUAGAAGAUACCGCUGAUGGUCCUGUAGAGGAACCCCCCAAGUAACCCUGAAAAUGCAGAGGUGUAUAUGGAGAGAGUGAGAAGUUGGCAACGUGAAUUACCCAGAUUUGGGGGGUCGGUAUAUUGUGAGGAAUUUCGUUGUGUCAAUCUUGAGUGAAUAAAUUCAGCUCAGCAGGUUGUUGAAGCCAUACACAGGGGAAUACAGUUAGUUCUGGAUGAGGUUAAUGGUAGGGUAGGCCCUGAUGAUUUUGUUCAGUUACAUUUAGAGAGCCGAAAUUUAACUAACCCUUUGUUUGCGGUCAGAAGAACUAGGGAUGAACUGUCUGCUAAGGAUUUUUUAAAUCAGGCCUCAAAGCUGCUACAGAGCAAGAGAGAGUUGCAUCUCGAUGGGACGUUGUGACAAUUGGAACAAACAGGGGUGGCGGCGCUCGUAGAGUUUUAAAUUCUAUCCUCAGUAGUCAAAUCAUGCAUAUAAAGAGACAAUGCUUAGUAGACCUGACUUACACCGGUUUUGCUGGUGGGCUCUUGGCCGUUUUGUCCGACCGUAAACCUACGGAUGCGGACUCGUUAGCGGGGGCGAGAAAGUUGCAUGGGAAACUGGGGUGGUCAGAUCCAAAACAGGUUCUGCUCAGUGCCGUAGCAACGUUGGAAGAGCGUUGAGGAGUCACCAUACAGGUGGUGCUGUCUGCGGUGAAAGGCGGACGGGGCUUCUUUAAAAUGGGCGGGGGUGGGGGGGGCCAUGUACCCCAAGACUUUUUUCAUCCUCUUGCACGAUGAACAUUACUAUGGGGUUCUGGACGUGAAAAAGUUGUUUGGUGAGAAAAAUUAUUGUGAGUUUUGCCACACAGGGUACAGUCAGGACCACUCUUGCAGGUAUCGUUGCCCCCUCUGUUUGAGGGUAACAUGCUUGGACAGCAUGGGCGUGCAGCUGAGGUCUCCUAGCUGUAGACUGUAUUGUUGGUCCAAAGGGCAUGCAUCGAAAAAGCGAGUCGAAUGCCCGUCUAAAACUUUGUGUGAUAAGUGUCAGACUUGUGUGGACAAGCGGCACAGGUGUGAAGGGAGGCGCUGGAAGCAGGGUCAGGGUUUGAUCGCUGGUGAUGUAGACAGUCACCUGUGUUUUCUGGAGAGCAUUUGAAAGCCCGAAUCCUCAGAAAAGUAUAUAUUUUUUAUGAUUUUGAAUGCACACAGAAGACUGGGUUGCACACGCCCAAUUAUAUUUUUGCUAUGUCCCGAAAGCCUGAAAAGUCCUGGGAAUUUAAGGGCGACAAGUGUCUUUCUCUGUUUGUUUAGACCUUUAUUGGCAAAGAGUUCCAGGACUACACGUUCCUAACGCUCAGUUCCAAAGGUUAUGAUACAUACUUCAUCGUGAGACAGUUACUGAGGGAAAAGAUGUGCACAGAACUGAUCACUCAGGGUAGUAAACUAAUGUGUGUGGAAGUGAAAGCCCUGGGCAUUCGUUUGAUAGACUCUUUUCAAACUUCUUGCCCAUGAAGCUUAGCAAGCUCCUGCAAGCGACGGGGUUUGAAGGGUGCAAAGGGUGUUUUUCCACCUCUUUUUAACACUUUAGAAAAUCAAAAUUACAUGGGGCCUAUGCCCGGUGUGGAGCACUCUGGUGUGGAAAGCAUGAUGCCCAGGGAGAAAGCAGAGUUUCUCGACUAGUGUCGGGACCACAGAUAUGAGAUGGUUGACUUGCAGAAUGAGCUCGCGUAUUCCUGUCAGGAGGAUGUCAAAAUUUUGAGACAGGCUUGUAUCCUCUACAGAAAAGAGAUGAUGAAAAUGACAGAGAUGGGAGAUAUAGUAGAGAAAGAACCUGGUAAAUUCACCGAGAUCAAACUGUGUAUAGAUCCAUUCCGGUACAUAAUCCUGGCAUCUGUCUCCAUGGCUAUGUACAGGAUUUUGUUUUUGGAGCCUAAGACGGUAGCUCUUCUCCCUCCAGACAACAAUCACAGGUAGAAAAAGAGAUAUUCAACCCCAUCUAUUCAGUGGCUGUUGUAUACCUCUCACAAAGAAAAUAUACAGAUUCGGCAUGCUUUACAGGGUGGGGAACUACAGGUAGGCCCCUACUUUUUAGACGGUUAUGCCAAUGUUGAUGGGGUAAGCACGGCCUUUGAGUUUCAUGGGUGUUUUUUCUGCGGUGUUGUCACCUAUCAUUGUGAAAAAGCACAAAAUCCUAUGACGGGCACAACUUUUGGGUUUCUUUAUUACAAGACGCAGCUCAAGCCCGACUAUCUGAAAAGACUUGGUUUUGUAGUGAGGACUCUCUGGGAGCAGGAGUGGGAGGUGAUGAAAGAAACAGACAAGGAGCUUGCAGAUCUUCUAAACCAAGCCCAGUUGCCUCUCCUGCCUAGGGAUGCACUUUAUGGGGGGAGGACAAACGCUUUCCGUCUGUAUUACAAACCUAACCCUGGGGAAGAAAUCCACUCUUAUGAUUUUACCAGCCUGUACCCUUUUGUAAACAAAACCAAGGAAUACCCCAUCGGACACCCUGAUAUAAUUUACGAUAAAUUUGGACCCCUUGCAAAUUAUUUUGGAAUUACAAAAGUUAAAGUGUACCCCCUGCGAAGCCUCUUUUUCCCGUUGUUACCUGUCAGAGUGGGUGGCAAGCUUCUGUUCCUGCUAUGCCGAACCUGUGUGGACACCGAGCAGCGGGAGAUGUGCACCCACACUGAUGAGGAGAGGGCCAUCCUGGGGACUUGGUGCACGGUGGAAUUGAACACGGCCAUAGCGAAGGGGUACGUGGUGGCUAAAAUCUAUGAAAUGUGGCAUUUUAAUGAAAAAUCUGAUGAACUCUUUUCAGUGUACAUAAAAUUACACGUCUGCCAGAAAGAAGAGGCUUCAAGGUAUCCCAGCUGGUGCACAGAGGAAGAAAAACCAAAUAAGUAUGUUAACGAUUUCUACCAGCAAGAAGGCGUGCUUUUACGCCAACUCGAGAUCAGGUCGAACUCCGCUAAAUGCCAAAUCGCUAAAUUGUUGUUAAAAUCUCUGUGGGGUCAGUUUGGCCAAAGAACAAACCUACCCAACACCAGCAUCGUGAGAGAUCCUGACAAACUCUUUCAGAACCUGUUUUCCCCCAAUUACGAGGAUUCAUCCUGCGAGUUUAUGGAGGAUGAAACCGCGUGUGUGUCUUGGAAGCACGCAAAAGACCUGCACUCUCUCUGGCAAUACCAGUCUUCAUAGCCUGUUUCACCACCGCUUAUGCCCGCUUAGAACUAUACAACCUCCUAGACAGGUUGCAAGAGCGGUGUCUGUACCACGACACUGACUUGGUGACAUUUGUGAAAAGGGAGCAUGACUAGAAUCCCUCUCUGGGGGGUUAUUUAGGGGACCUCACAAGCGAGGUCCCGCCUGAUCCACACAUCACCGAGUUUGUGUCGGCAGGCCCAAAAACAUAUGGGUACAAGCUGUCGGGAGGAAAGGCCUUAGGAAGGUCAAAGGUAUUAUCCUGAACGUAGCAAACUGUGAAAAGAUUAACUUUGAUAGUAUGGAAGACGGAGUUCUGGACUAUUGCACGGGCCUGCGAGAAAACACCUCAAAAAAGAGAGAGGUGCAGCAGCCCUCUAUCGUAAGGAGCAAAAAUCAGUGGCAAAUAGGGACAAAAACCCUUCAGAAAACAAACACAGAAAGUCGUUUACAACAAGAAGGUCCAAGGAGAGGGUUUAAAACCCUGCCCUACGGUUUUUAAACAUGGAUAAUUUCGAAACACCCCUUUUCUGCAAUUCUCGCGGGGCCUAGCAACUGCCGGAAAAGUUACUUUAUAAAAAAUGUGUUGGAUAAUGCCCAACAAACACUGUCUGUUAUGCCUGAGAAUAUCGUGUGGCGUUACAGUUGUUGGCAACCUCUGUAUACAGAAUUGCUCUGUAAAUAUCCCUUUAUCAAUUUUGUGGAGGGGCUGCCUGAUGCUUUUGACGAUGACCGUUUGUUUCCUACCAGUAAAGUAAAGACGA